ACAUCAGCCCUGUUGUGGUGCAGUGUGCAAAGCCUACUGGUUGGCGUGGCGCGGGAAACGCCUUCCGGAGUAGGGAAACAAAACGGCGCGCAGCCGGGCGCAGCCAGUCACCGCUUCCCGGAGUGCUGUCACCCGUGUACCUCCAGCAGCUGCCAGAAUGCCAAACUGGGGAGGAGGCAAGAAAUGUGGGGUGUGCCAGAAGACCGUCUACUUUGCUGAGGAGGUCCAGUGCGAGGGCAGCAGCUUCCAUAAAUCCUGCUUCCUCUGCAUGGUCUGCAAGAAGAAUCUGGACAGUACCACUGUGGCCGUGCAUGGAGAAGAGAUCUAUUGCAAGUCAUGCUACGGCAAGAAGUAUGGGCCAAAAGGCUAUGGCUAUGGACAGGGCGCAGGCACACUGAGCACGGACAAGGGGGAGUCUCUGGGCAUCAAGCAUGAGGAAGCCCCCGGGCACAGGCCUACUACCAAUCCCAACGCAUCCAAGUUUGCCCAGAAGAUUGGUGGCUCUGAGCGCUGUCCCCGAUGCAGCCAGGCAGUCUAUGCUGCAGAGAAAGUGAUUGGUGCUGGGAAGUCCUGGCAUAAGUCCUGCUUCCGGUGUGCCAAAUGUGGCAAAGGCCUUGAGUCGACCACCCUGGCGGACAAGGAUGGUGAGAUCUACUGCAAAGGAUGCUAUGCUAAAAACUUUGGACCCAAAGGUUUUGGCUUUGGACAAGGAGCUGGUGCCUUGGUUCACUCAGAAUGAGGCCACUGCUGCCUGCAUAUCCUGCCUUCUCCUGUGCUUUUUUUUUUUUGUCAUCAAUCCCUUUCCAGAAGCCUUGGACACCUCCAAGAUUCUUUCUCUCACUCAGCCCUGGUGCACAUCACUAAUGUUGGACUUGAGUAUCUGGCUUCUUUUGGUUUAGGAGGUCUGCCUGAGCUCCUACCCCACUAAGGGCUUCCUCCUGCCUGGCAUUUGAUACCACAACCUUUAAGAGACAUCUGUCACCCACUUACAGAGAACAGGUCCCUCUCCCCACACUUCACCCCCACAAACAGAAUGUCCAUCCUCUACUGAUCAGGAUAUCUGAGCCCAAAUCUUUGGAGCCCAUUGUAGUCAAGCCUCAGACCUGGAGGGAGGGAGGCGGGACCAGGAAUGGGCUGGGGAGACUGCAGUUUAUUGGAUCCCAGAGAGUGCCCUCUCAGAAUAAACCCGAGGCAUUUCAGUCUGGGGGUAUCCCCAUGGGAGGUGGAGAGGUGUACAGACAGGUUUGUAGACCAUAGGAAGGAGCUCUUUCUCUGGGCUCUUGCCUUUGAAUGUGGAACUGGUAUCGUUCCAUUAGGAAUGGAGAACCACCCAGGCCUGGAGUGGAGUCUGGAGGUUGCCUGAUUUCCUUAGGUUAACAUCAAGUUCCCUGUUUUAUGGGGAAGGGGAGAUCCUAAUGAAAAGCAUGCAUUCAUAUUCAUCAGUGGUCAAGAUCUUGGAGUCUCCAAUUCUGGUCCUAACCCUGGGUCUGGUGGCUGGGAUGGACAGUUUCUCUCUGUGCUGUGUUCUAGCCAUUCCUAAUAGUUGAUCUAAUGUGGUAGGAGGCAGAGGUAACCUGUCUUUCCCUCUGCCUCCAGUCCUCACUCCCCUCCAACCCAGACCCCCCAGACCCUGCCUCUUUCACCCCACCCUUCUCUUAGGGACAUUCACUAGCUCCCAGGUCCUCAGGCAGGAGCAGAGGGAGGAAGGGGAAGGGCUGGGCCAUGAUGCUCCCAGGACAACGCUGUUGGCUGCAAGGGCAUGGGCUGUUUGGAAGCUGAUCUCUCAUCUGGUCAAUAAAGCAGUUUAGAACAGAA